ACCACUACCUCCCCCAUGCUAUAAGAUCACUACCAGUACCGGUAUUGUACCAACAAGUCUCCCGAAUCAUCUGCGGGAAGUUUGAACGUUAUAAGUGGUUCAUUUUCGCGAGAGAUUAGGAAGGAACCUGCCAGUGCAACUGUACUACCUCUGGUCCUCUAGCCGUCUGUUUGCUUUUCCCAUUCGUAUUUAUUCGGCUUGACCACCUCGCUUGCUUCCUAUACCAAGAGCGGGCACGAACCAAGAUGGCCAAAUCAACGAAAACACCCAAAGGUCAACCGACGCGCAAGCACAAGAAGCGGCGUCUCUCCCCAAAGGAUCACUUCGCCCGUCUCAUGAAGGAAUCAGUGGAAGUUGCCCCCGAAGAAGUUGCUUCUACUGAGUCCUCAUCUGCUGCAUCUACUUCAACCACUCAAACUGCUCCCGCUCCCAACUACUCUAAUAUCCUUCUCAUUGAGAAAUUCCAGGAUGCUCUCGAUACUCGAACGGCUGUAUGCCGCCGCCUCGAAAUCCUCGUACGGAGCUCAACUUUGUACACCCCAUCAGCACAAGCUCGUUUGAUCAAGUGCUUACGGGAUGACUACAUCCGGGGGGACAGAACGAGGAAGGCCAUUGACAAUCUGCGACAUUCUGAUUUCAUCAGCGCUACAAGCAUGGCAAAUCAGGAUGCGGAAUUCAUUACGAAAGAGGUUAUGGAGAGCACGAGAUUGUUUUUCGAGGGAAGUAAGGAACUACAGGAAAUAGGGGAUCAAAUUGCAACACAGUUCUCAUAGUAUUAGUCACGAGUUCUGCAUGUCUCGUGCUUAGUCGAUGUCGCUUUCUUGCACCGAAAUAUCAUAGCAUAUAUUCUACUUGCACUCGCCCGUAACAUCCUUUUUGUAUGCACAAGAAACCAUAAUCAAGCUGCAGUGUUACGGGCCCAUCGCUCUGCAUGACAGCGUGGAUCAAUCCAAAUAGCAGACCGGAUCAUGGGAAAGCACACCAGGCAUAUACUCGCAGGCAGUAUGUAGGUCCAGCCAGUGACCUAUUGCGUUGACAAUGAGGUCUAUGAACGAAUUCACCGAGAACUAUUGAGCACUGACAUGAGUUGUAGCGGGCUUUGCC